AUGCAUCGCACCUACUCUAUGCGCCAGUCUCGCGCCCCGACUGCCUCGCAGAUCGAAAACCCGCCGCCGCCGUCGUCCAGCACCAAGUCCGGUCGCUUGUUCGGGAAGAGCAACUUUGGCCAUGCCUUCCGCAAGAACGCUGCCGGUGCAUUCGGUCCCGACCUGGCCAAGAAGCUUUCGCAGUUGGUCAAGAUGGAGAAAAACGUAAUGAGGAGUAUGGAACUGGUUGGCCGGGAGCGCAUGGAAGUCGCCCAACAAUUGUCAAUCUGGGGCGAAGCCUGCGACGACGAUGUUUCGGACGUCACGGAUAAGCUCGGUGUCUUGAUUUACGAGAUUGGUGAAUUGGAGGAUCAAUUUGUCGACCGCUAUGAUCAGUACCGUCUUACGAUUAAGAGCAUUCGCAACAUCGAAGCCUCUGUGCAGCCCAGCCGAGACCGCAAGCAGAAAAUCACCGACGAAAUCGCCAAGUUGAAGUACAAGGAUCCCAACUCCCCUCGUAUUGUCGUUCUCGAGCAGGAAUUGGUGCGUGCCGAGGCCGAAUCGCUGGUUGCGGAGGCGCAGUUGUCCAACAUCACCCGCGAGAAAUUGAAGGGGGCUUUCACCUACCAAUUCGACGCUCUUCGCGAGCACUGCGAGAAGAUUGCCAUCAUCGCCGGCUACGGCAAACACCUGCUGGAGCUUGUUGACGACACUCCCGUUACCCCCGGCGAGACCCGCCAGGCAUACGACGGAUACGAUGCCAGCAAGGCUAUCAUCCAGGACUGCGAGGAUGCGCUGACUAACUGGGUCACAUCUGGAGCAGCAGUUCGCUCGAAUCUGUCGACGCGGUCGCGUACGCUGUCACAGCGUCGCGCUAACAAUAUCAAGCGCCACGCCGAGGGCGAUCUCACCGAUCAGUCGUUGAAGGAGCGUGACUCGUGGGUGCCGGCUGACCAGCACGCAGACUACCAUGUUGACGACGUCAGCGACGACGGCGUGGUGGAGGACGACGGCAGUAUUGCACACAGCGGUGUCAACGGCGAGCAUCGCGGCCGAACUGAAGAGCGCGAUGCAGUUGCUGCUUAG